AGGAACCAAAACUAAUUUUAUAGGACAAGGUAUGAUGACAAGCGAAUUACUUUUUGGGAUGGUGUCAUUCACUAAGAAAUCAUGCUUGGAGGGAAAAGUUCCUGACCCACUUGCAUUGUUCAUUCUUUCCUACUGGUUUGGAAUUUAUCAGAAUAAGAAUGUCUUAAUUUAGGUCAGGAGUCUUGAAGUGGGUUUAAAACAUAGACAGAGGGGUUGUCACAGAAUGCUACCCCAGUGUUUGGCUGUGGCUUAGACAGUUUUGGUCGAGACCCUUUUUCGUGUGCAGCACAACCCUGUUUGAUGGCUGGUCUGUACUUUUAAUACCUGGCAUUCUGCUAGCAACAUACUGAAGUGUAUAAUUCUGCCCUGAGUGCUUACGUUGGAACAGGCUUGGAGAAGUGGGGGUGGUGAGGGACGGAAAGCUGGGACUCGUAGUUCGCAGCAGGGGCUGUGAAGCAGGUCAAAUAGCAUUUAAGGACUCCACAUCCCAGAGUGCCUUGCCCUUGGCCAUACAGGAAAGGGAACACCUACCAGCCUAUCCCAGCAAGGAGGUGUGGUGAGUGAGCAGCUGUCAAGCCAAUCACAGAAGGGGAAGAGAUGCCAGAGCGGAGCAGUGGGCUGAAAAUAGAGGGGGGUGGUAGGUGUCUGCUUGUUUGGGAUCAGGCAAGGGCUUGCCUGUAUGACUAGGGCCACUCGGAAGUUUCCUGUCUGCAAAGCUCCAGUACUGAGGCACCAGGCAGGGCCCUGCUCAGACACGAAGACAGGAGAGCAGGCAGGAGAGCCAGAUAGGGCCUGGGGAAGGGACACGCUUCUGCCCAGCUGACAGGCAGACGGACAGACGGCAGGACGGACACGCGGGCGGCGGCUGUGAUUGGCGGCUCGGCGGCAGGCUGGUGGAAGAUGUCGUCGGGAGCCGGUGGGAGGGGUGGGCGGCGGCUCAGGGGUGGGGGGGGAGGGGAGGCGGCGGAGGAAGGUCCAGUGGGCAUCCCCUUCCCCGAGCACAGCGCAGACAUCCUGGGCAGUCUGAACAAGCAGCGCCUCAGCGGCCUGCUGUGCGAUGUGCUCCUGAUCACCCAGGAGAGGGAGUUCACUGCCCACCGUUCGGUCCUGGCCUCCUGCAGCUCCUACUUCCACAAGUUGUUCACCUCGGGCCCAACCGCCAGCCAGCAGAACGUCUACACCAUAGACUUUGUGGCGGCCGAGGCCCUGGGCGCCCUGCUGGACUUUGCCUAUACAGCCACGCUAACAGUCAGUCACAGCUCCGUGGGAGACAUCCUGGCUGCCGCCCGCCUGCUGGAGAUCCCGCCCGUCCAGGAAGUCUGCACUCACCUGCUGGACACCAAAGUGCUCUCCCCGCCGGCGGGCAGUGAGCGAGGAGAGGAAGAGGAGGAUGAUGAUGAUGAGGGGGAGGGAGGGAAGGGUGGAGGAGGAUGGGGGCAGCAGGGGAAUCGACUGCGGGCCCGGGAGUAUCUAGAAUAUUUCCAGAGAGGGGCCCACUGGAGCAGCAGCUGCAGCACGCCAGAGCUCAGGGACAUGCCCACACACCUGCACUUUAACCAUGGCAAUGGGGCCCACAGCAACGGGGCCCCCGGGGGCCCCAGCGAGUACUGCUCUCCCCUGGACCUUGCCCAGGCCCCCACACAGGACCCAGAUGAUGAGGAUGAGGAGGAGGACGAGGAGGACGAAGUGAAGGUGGAGCACUCUGAGAAUCACAGGGACAUGCUGACCUGGGCCAGGGGGAACGGAGGGGGGCCAGGGGCCUCUUUCUACGCCCCAGCCCAGAACGGCCACUUCUACCUCCCCACGGAGCCCAAACUGGAGCCGGAGGAGGAAGAGGAGGAAGAUGGCAUGCGGGAUGGGGAGAGAGGCUCGGCCAGCGCCCUCCUGCAGCAGAUGAUGGACUCCAUCGAGAGGCAGAAGGAGCGGGCCGCGGCCGGGGAGGACCCAGGGGAGGGGGAGGACCCGGACGUGGAGUUUUACUUGAAUUACUUUAACAGCACGCAGCAUGAGGACGCCGCCGUCUCACAGGGACUGCUGCCCCUCUGGGCGACACGGGGAGGCUCCAGCCAAGAUAGAGGGGGAGGAGGGAGGGGAGGAAGAGGAGGAGAAGAGAGAGGAGGGGGCGGAGGGGAGAGGAAGAUGCGCUCCAAGGCCUUCCAGAAGUGCCCCAUCUGCUCCAAGGUCAUCCAGGGUGCAGGCAAGCUACCCCGCCACAUCCGCACGCACACGGGAGAGAAGCCCUACGAGUGUGCCAUCUGCAAAGUGCGCUUCACCAGGCAGGACAAGCUCAAGGUUCACAUGCGUAAGCAUACGGGAGAGAAGCCUUACCUGUGUACGCAGUGUGGUGCUGCGUUUGCCCACAACUACGACCUGAAGAACCACAUGCGCGUGCACACAGGCCUGCGGCCCUACCAGUGCUCCAGCUGCUUUAAGACUUUUGUGCGUUCAGACCACCUGCACCGCCAUCUCAAGAAGGACGGCUGCAACGGUAUCCCCUCCCGCCGGGGCCGCAAGCCUCGGGUACGGGACCCCGGGCUCCUGGAGGCCUCCAUGGGGCUGGUGGGCCCCGGCCCUCGCAGUGGCAGGGAGAGACGGCGCAUGGAGGCAGCCUCGGCAGAGGGGGCCUCCAGGGUCCAUGCACACAGUCCCCAACCCCAGGAGAGCCCAGAGGAGCCGGGGCACUGAGGCAGGGAGACAGGGAGGGACGCUGGACGCCAUAGUCAUACUUGGCCCCUGAAGGGGCCGCUGCCGAAACAACAAGAGGAGAAAAAAAAAAAAAAAAAAAAACCACAACUAACUAUUUCUCUCUAAACCAAAUCAGGGUGUCGCAAAUCUAAUAUUCAGUUUAUUUUAUCCCUUUGCUUUAGGAAACAGUAGACACAACAGACAAACAUGAGUCAGUGUUCUGUUAAAGAGCAAGGAACGCUUCAAAUCACACACCCAUGAUGUCUCCUUUCUGGGUCAUUUCUGUCUGAUCUGGGUUUUUAUACAUUUGGCAAAAAUGCUUUAUAUGCAUAACAAAACAACAGAAAACCCUGAGCAAACUAUGCAGUUAAAAUAGGUUUUGAGUUCAGAGCCAAACGAUGAGGUGUCCCACACCUACCGGCUGCUGCAGGGGUGAACUGAGUGUAAUCUCUCAUAUUCAGAUGGAAAGCAACCAAUCUUUUUCUAUUCUUUUGCAGUUCUAAAAUGUACAGUUACCAUAAAAACAGUAUUGUCAGAAUAUGGCAAUAUAUGCAAGAUUAACUUACCCACACCUCUGAUGCAGCAUCCUUUUUUCUAAAGGCUUCAGAAAGAAUCAGACAAGGGUUUGAUUUAAGUGUUACUUACUCGAUAAAAUAUAUUUUAAUCUAUGGAUCAUCUUUUUUAAAUGUCGAGUCGAAUCCACGUUUGGGGGGCUCUUCCAUUGCAGGGGUAGGGAACGCGAGGGGAGGAGGGGUGUGUUUCUGAAGCACUACCAUGGUGCCGUUCGGCUUGACCACGUCGUUGACUCUUAGCCCUCACAACCCUGACAUUUCAUUUCUAUUUUAUUUUUGAUUUGUCUUUAUUGUUGUUUGUCCCUUUUUGAGUGACUGCUUUGGGUACUUGACACUUUACAUUUGUAUACAUGCGUGGUGAUGAUUUAAUGCUGAGGUAUAUUAGCUUACCAAUCGGGGUUUCCUUCGGCUUGACGUCAGAUUUCUCACAGAGUGAAGCUUGUGGGUAAAAGAGAAAAGAAUCUAUAUGAAUGUUAGAAUAUAUUGAAUUUAGAAACCCAUUUGUCCUAAACUUAACACUUGAUUGAGAUGUAUAUAGAGUUCCUGCCUGAAGGUAGAAGCGAUACUAUGUGGUUAACUUUGUGCAGUUCUGACAGGAUCUGCCCUCUAACCAACAGCAGGUUGUACGGCGAAAAGCAGGGAUAGACCGAGAUAUAUACGUUUGCACAGCUUCACUAAAGAUAUCCAACAGAGAGAGGUAUAUUUAAAGGAGGUUGUUGAGAAAAGGUGUGUAUUAGUGCUUAUUCCAAUCUUUUUUGCCCUAGGGACCACAAAACCAUGAGGCAACCUGUGUGAUGAAGAGAGCAAUAAAUACCUGUCCAAGUUGGGAGGCCAAAUAAGCACACAGCUGCAGGGUGAGGCAGGUUGAGGGGAGGGGGAUUUCACAAUGUCUGUUGCAUUCCAAAAUAUAAUCUCCCCGGCACAGCCACUUUUCCAGGCAGAACGGGUUCAAAUCAGACGUUUUAUCUCUCUCACUUUAGUUCUCCAAUGCCCCAAAACCAGCCUGUGGAGUGCAGGGUAUUAUAGAGCCCUGGGUAGAGGAGGUCUGGUCGGUGGCUGACCGGACUGCUGCUAGGUGUUGGUGUGUGGCAGCCAGGGUCUUCUUUGACUCACUCACUAGACUUGGGCUGGGAGUGUCAGCAGCUCCUCCAGUUGUGGACACGUUGAAACAUGCUCCCCAAACUGCCAGUGCACUAAAAGCCAGGCAGCCUUUAUAGUGGGUAAAAAACAUGAGUGCAGCCACCAGAGAUCUUGAGGUGUUGCUCCACAGACUUAUGACGUGUGUUUGGAAACGGCCACUGGUUCACAUAGAUCUGAACAUGUUUGUCUUUGUGUUUUGAGUCGCUUGGCUAGUCAACUCUGUGUUUUUAACCAUACUUGUACACUGGUUUUGGGGCAAAGGAGAGUGUGCCGUGCCGGUGACUGUAGAUUGAAUUCCCCUGCCAUUGCUGCAAUGCUGUGUCCUGAGUAUCAGUCCUUUGCACCUUAAUGGGAAAGAAGCAGGUUCUGAAUGCACUUUGUUACUGAGAAAGGCACUUUUGUCAAAGAAACGGGUACUUUGAAACAAACUAAGGCGAAUUAGCUUAAUAUCCCCAUCGCAAGUGGUUCCGUUAAGCUUGUUCUCUGGUUUUGUUCAGUUUUUGACGACAAGCUGCCAAAAAAGAAAGAUGUAUGCGUGUUUCGGGUCUCUUAAGAGAAGUCAGGCGGGUUCAAAAAACGAACAUGUUUUGUGACCUUAAAAACAUUUUUUUUAAAGACAAAAUAACCCCAUGUAACUGAUUGCACUUGAAGUUAGGUUUGGUAAAACAAGCUCUAGUGAGUUGUCUAUGUUCAUGUCUUAAUGCAGAGCGGGGGGGGGGGG